AUGGAAUUACAGAAACUGGAAGCGAGUCAGUUGAUGCUUAGAAAGGUUGCUCACUCAAGACCAAAAAGUAAGUUUACUGAAUUUAAGGAGCCGGAAGACGAACAUACACUAACGGAAGAAGAUGACAGUUCAAAUGGAGAAAUUACAAACAAGGAUUCCUGGAAGUACAAUCGAAACACCAGGCAAGGCAAGAAAUGCAUGAUCCUGCUCUCAGCAAAGGAACCCAAACCCGUAGCAGGAUUAUUAACCGUAAAUAUAGUGGUCAAGGUUCUCGGUCAAAAAAUAUUUCCGGUUCAGUCGAAGAAAAUGCUUAAAUUAUUUGCAUUUUACAGAUCAAUUGAAGGAUGUUAUUGGAAAAAAUGUUAA